AUGGGCAAGAAGCACAAGAAGCACAAGGCGGAGUGGAGGUCCGCGCCCGCCCCGGCCGUCGUCGCCGCCACCGGCGGGGGAGGAAGCGGCGGCGCCGCCUAUGACGAUUAUGCGGAUAAGCCCUUGGAGAAGCCAUUGAAGUUGGUGUUGAAAGUUGGUGGAAGUGAAGUGACAGAACUUUCAGGAUCAGGCCACGAUUCCAGUUAUUAUGAUGAUAGAUCAGACCAUGAGAGAGAGCGACAUAAGGAGAAGAAAAAGAAGAAGAAGAAGAAAUCUGACAAAGAGAAAGAAAAGCAUCUUGAUGAUGAGGAGAGACGGAAGAGAAAGGAAGAGAAGAAAAGAAAAAGGGAGAAAGAACAAUGUGAUACUGAGGGUGAAACAGAUGACUUUGAUCCUGGAAAGAAAGUAGAGGUUGAGCCACCCUCUGAUCGUCCAGUCCGAGCCUGUAGAACACAGCCAGCAGAAAGCGAGAGCACACCUAUUCAGCAAUUGUUGGAACAUUUUCUUCGCCAGUUACAGAGGAAAGAUCCUCACGGGUUUUUUGCUUUUCCAGUCACGGAUGCCAUUGCCCCUGGAUAUUCCAUGAUAAUAAAGCAUCCUAUGGAUUUUGGCACUAUGAAAGAAAAAAUUGCAGCAAACGAGUACAAGUCAGUAACAGAAUUCAAGGCAGAUUUUAAGCUGAUGUGUGACAACGCAAUGACAUACAACAGACCAGACACUGUGUACUACAAACUGGCCAAGAAGAUCCUCCAUACAGGCUUUAAGAUGAUGAGCAAACAGGCAGCUAUUUUGGGCGACGAAGACCCAGCUGUUGAGGAACCUGUGCCCGAAGUUGUUCCUGUUCACGUAGAGACUACCAAGAAAUCCAAAAAGCCAAGUAAAGAAGUUAUUAGCUGCAUAUUUGAACCAGAAGGCAAUGCAUGCAGCCUGACUGACAGCACUGCUGAAGAGCACGUUCUGGCUUUGGUGGAACAUGCAGCAGAUGAAGCUCGGGACCGGAUCAGUCGAUGUCUCCCAAACAGCAAGAUAGGCUACCUGAAAAAGAAUGGCGAUGGGUCUUUGGUCUUCAGCGUCCUCAAUCCAUCAGAUCCAGAAGCAGAAGAGGAGGAAACCCACCCAGUGGAUCUGAGUUCUUUGUCAAACAAGUUAUUACCCGGUUUCACGGCCCUGGGCUUCAAAGAUGAAAGAAGGCACAAAGUCACAUUCCUUUCAAGUGCUAAUACAGCACUUUCGAUGCAGCACCAUUCUAUCUUUCAUGAUCUGAAAGCAGAUGAAAUGGAACUGCUGUAUUCAGCAUAUGGGGAUGAAACUGGGAUCCAGUGUGCCUUAAGUUUGCAGGAGUUCGUGAAGGAUUCUGGAAUUUACAGCCAAAAAAUAGUGGAUGACUUGCUGGAUCAAAUCACUGGUGGAGAUCAUUCCAAAAUCAUUUAUCAGCUAAAGCAGAGGAGAAACAUUCCAGUGAAACCACCAGAUGAAGUCAAAGUUCCACCAGUCCUCAUAAAAGAAGAACACAAAUUGCGCAAUACUUGCCCAGAUGCCUCCAAGCAGAGUAUGGUUGGGGAAGCCAUUGGAGACAAUACUAGUUCCGUUUUGGAUUUUUUGUCUAUGAAGCCAUAUUCAGACGUGUCCCUUGAUAUAUCCAUGUUGAGUUCAUUGGGUAAAGUAAAGAAGGAGCUUGAUCAUGAGGACAAUCAUUUACACUUGGAUGAAACCACCAAAUUACUGCAGGACCUUCAUGAGGCUCAGGCUGACAGAGUAGGAUCCAGACCGUCCUCCAACCUCAGCUCCCUCUCCAAUGCUUCUGAAAGGGAUCAACACCACCUAGGAAGCCCUUCUCACUUAAGUGUAGGAGAACAACAAGAUAUGGUCCAUGACCCCUAUGAAUUUCUUCAGUCUCCAGAACCUACAAAUGCCAAUAAUUAAUCUUGCAUAUAUUGUAUUUAUUUUGUGCUUUUUAUACUGUGUAAACAAUUUAUGUAGUUUCGUCGAAUAGCAUGCAUUUCUAUUUGCCCUUUUUAUUUUGUAUGAAGAUUGCUAAAUAAUAAUGCUCGUGCAUAUUUGUAAAUAUUACUUGGGUUUAUAUAUCAUGGUAUUUGGACCAUCUCAUAUGGUAUUUUAGGUGUGUACAAUAGAUCUGAAGAAGCAAUUUCAAAUUACGUAUUUAAGAUACCUUAUUUAUAUAAAAAAAUGCUAACCAGCUGUUUAUCAUGCUGUCAAUCAUUUAAAAGUUUUUUAUUUAGUGUGCAGCUAUGGCCGUAUAGGAGGAGCAUUUUCCCCAGUGGUGAUACAGUGUUAAUCACAGAGAGGCCUAUUAAUACCAAGGUGGCUCUGUUCUACGACUGACUUUAGAUAUCACCCAGACAUUUCAGAACCGUAGUUGUCUUUGUAUUUUCUCCUUCUCUUCCUCCAGUUGCCCACUGCAAAAAUGGCCAGAUUAAAAGUUAUAAACAGUCCAGAUCCUCAAUAGUAAUAUUGAAGAUUUACAGCUUAAAAAAUUCAGACCUUGCCAAAUUAUCCAGAUUUUUAACACGUUUUAAAUUUUAAAUGAAGAAUUUGAAAUUUGACACUAAAUGACCUUUUAAAAACAAUUUAUAUUAUGGAUAAACUAGAAUAAUUUUGUUGUUCAUUAACAAUAUUGUAAAUAUGAAUAAAGCUCAUCAAUGCAAUUGUG